ACCUUCGCUGAGUUAUUCGUUCUUCCCAUGCCUAUCCUGAUAAUUUUUCCUACAUCAUUGAAGCCCCAUAGCAGUCUACAAUUGCUACGAGGCGCGUAGUAUUACCAGUACAUCACUGAAAGUUGCAGCACCUUCAGCACCUCUUACCUACACAUAAAAGUCAAGGAAGAUGAGUGACCCAGGGGUGCAAGCAAGCAUCCACAAGGAUGUGAACACAACAUUGCCUCGCGUCUACAAUUACUACACUGCCACUCGCUUCAGACAAGUCAACCUCAUUGACCGACUCUACCCUGACACCCGCUCAGUAGAGUUGUCCCACUGGGCGGUUCCUGGGGGUGAGGGAGCCUGGCAGGAGUGGAGCUUCGAAGAUGUGGUGCAACAGAAUUUCGAGCCCACCAGCCUCGGGGAGCAGUUUGGACCUACCUGGAGCACCCACUGGUUCAAGGUUAACUUUCAGGUGCCAGAUGAGUGGGCUGGCAGUGAGGUGAGGCUCCGCUGGGGCUCCAACUCUGAAGCUGCUGUCUGGAGCCCUGAUGGAAGCAUUCUUCAGGGACUGUCCACUGGGGACACAGGGUCACUACGUACGGACUUCACUAUUACCAACUCAUACGAAGCUGGGUCACCUCCCUAUACAUUGUACAUUGAGAUGGCGGCUAACCGUCUCCUUGGUGCCUCCCCUGGUGAUCUUAUUGAUCCCCCAGACCCAGAGAUGCGCUUCACGCUGAGUCGUGCUGAGAUCUCACAGCUGGACUCACGGAUAUAUAAGUUGACACGGGAUCUAGAAGUGCUGUACCAGCUGGCAGAGCAGCUGAUGCCGGAUCAGCGAGGUUACCAGGCCCUCUACACAGCCAACCAGAUGGUCAACUCCAUCACAGCUGGAGAUGACAGCGUGGCGAGUGACUUGGCCGACCUACUUGGGGGGGUUAAAAAGGAAGAACCACAGCAGUGUACCCUUUAUCCUGACUCAGCAUUUAGUGAGCCGUUAAUUAGAAUAAGAGUCAACAAUCUAAAUGAAUUUAUGAUUGAGACUCAAAACUUGCUUAAUUCAAGAAUUUCUGGUAUUAUGCUAACACUACAGGACUUUGAAAAAGCAAUAAAUGACAUGUCCAUGCACUCUGCCCAAGAUAAUUGCCCAAAACUCUUGGAACUCCAUGGUCAUCAAAAACUGCAAGAAACCCCUGUCACACGCCUUGUAUAUUCUAUGGAGAGGAAGCAUGGACACAGGGGUCAUCCCAUAGUCACUAAAAAUAACGGACAUAGUCGCACUCCACAAAGGUGGCAGUUAAGCAGUUACAAAGAAUUACAACUAAGUGCUGCCCUGGGAGACAGUAAUGGGGAAGUGGGAUUGCGUCCGGGAGACAGAAAGGGUGAAGAGAGAUUUUGUCCGGUAGUCGGGAAUUAA